AUGCAGAAAGUUAAUCAGGAGAUUGCUAUUCUCAAACAGUUAGAUCAUCCGUUUUUGGCUCCUUUGUAUGAAUUUUUUCAAACAGACGAAGAUUAUUACAUUGUUUUAGAAUAUCUACCCGGCGGAACAUUACAUUCAUUGCUCUCACACAUUGGGAAGAUCCAAGAGUGGCGAGCCCGCCAUUACUUUGUUCAGUUAAUCAGUGCACUUCAUUAUUUACAUUCAGAAAUUCACAUAAUUCACUGCGAUAUCAAACUCGAAAACAUUCUCAUAGAUGAAUAUGAUAACAUAAGAGUCGUCGACUUCGGACUUAGCCAUUUGUUGAGUGAAUAUAAUCCUGACGUUACACAUGGUUUUGGAACUAUCUCUUACUGUUCCCAGGAAAUGCUUAGGCGCAAGAAUUAUACAAUAACUACAGAUUUUUGGAGUGCAGGUGUUGUACUUUACGCGAUGAUUACAGGUCAUCUUCCUUUUAAGGAGCUUUCAAAGGAAGGAUUGAUUAAUAGUAUUCUUAACAGCGAACCAGAGUACGAUUCGUCCCUUUCUCCCGAUUUAGUUUCCCUUCUUAAUCACCUUCUUGCAAAAAAUAAUGUUCAAAGGGCAACUCACAACGCAAUUGUUAAAAGCAAAUGGAUACUUCAAUAUCCAAAUGCACAAUAUCUUACAUGCGAACUCAUAACAUCCACAGAAUACUCAUUGAGAAAGAAAAUAAAUCAAACGGUCAUGAAGAACUUACAAUCUAAGGGUUUCAAUACGCAAACUAUUCUUCAUGCGAUCAACUCAAAGGAUUUCAGUGGCAUCUCAGCUCCUUAUUUCAUUCUAGCCCAAAAGGAAAUGAUAUCCAAAAUUUAUUUAACCGUUUUUAACAGGAAUUUCUCAUUAUCUACCAUACAAGAGAAAAGGCCAAUCACUUACAAGAACCCUUCAUACCAGCGAUUUGGCUCUUCAACGUUCUCAAUCAGUCUUGGUUCUCCAACGAAAAAUCUUCACAGAUCUGUUGGAGAAAAGCGGCUCCCACUCCUUUCACAGGUGCCAAAGCUCACGAAUUCAUCUCCUUUUUCAAAGAAAUACUUAUGA